CUCACUCACUCCUCUCUUGUUGUUCCUCUCUCACCCAAUUUAAGGUAACACUGAUCUCUCUCUCUCUCUCUCAUCUCUAUCACUAUCUCUCUGUCGCACAAUCCUCCCAUGGCAACCCCAGCCGCCUUUACAAGCCUCUCCCUGCUCCGAUUCACACCCAGACCCUCUCCAUCAUCUCCUUACACAAUCCCAUUCUUUACCCCUAACCCAAAGGGUCCGAAAUUCCGAUUCCGAUUGUUUUCAAUGGCCUCCUCGGACGACAAAGACUCACAGUUCAAGAAUCCGGGUCUCCAGGCUGUCCCGGAUGAGGAGACUAAGGGCUACAUCAUGCAACAAACUAUGUUUCGAAUUAAGGAUCCCAAAGUCAGUCUUGAUUUCUACUCUCGUGUCCUGGGCAUGUCGCUACUUAAGAGGCUGGACUUUCCAGAAAUGAAGUUUAGUUUAUACUUUCUGGGCUAUGUGGAUGCUGCCUCAGCUCCAACUAACCCAGUUGAUAGAACUGUUUGGACCUUUGGUCAGAAGGCUACAAUUGAGUUGACACAUAACUGGGGGACUGAAAGUGAUCCAGAAUUCAAAGGAUACCACAAUGGGAAUUCAGAACCUCGUGGCUUUGGACACAUUGGCAUCACUGUUGAUGACACAUACAAGGCAUGUGAGAGAUUUGAACGUCUGGGGGUUGAAUUUGUGAAGAAGCCGGAUGAUGGAAAGAUGAAAGGGAUAGCAUUCAUUAAGGAUCCAGAUGGUUACUGGAUUGAGAUCUUUGACCUUCAAACUAUAGGAAAAAUAACUCUGGGUACUUCUUGAGAUGGACCAAGUCAGUGGCACUUAUACGUAAGCUUCCCCGGUUGCUCACGUUAAUACUUGAGGCCUAGUCUAGUAAGUGGACUUUUUUAGUACUUAUUGUGUGCUUUUCUAUACUUGCUACUGGAGACGAGAGUUCUGUGGCAAGUUAUCUUUGUUUUGUCUACAACUGUUGUUCAGUUGGAGCAAUUGGUCUUUCUGAUCUCUAUUUGUUCAACAUUUGAUUGAUAAAGGGAAACUUUUGUAAGCCUUAUCACAUCUUACCAAUUCUAACCAAUCUUCGGCUCAUAGCAAUAAACCUCAUCGUAAUGUUUUGUCCUAGUACUACCCAAGAGCAAAACAUCAUAUUCACUGCACUCAAAUCCGCCACCAUUUUCCAUGAGAUGAAAAUGUAGAAAUCAAUCCCACGAAUACAUUGGAUAUUUUCUUUUUGGUUCAGGUUGCUAAGAUAGUUUUGUGUAAGAUAUAUGCACCAUUGGUUUUGUUAGUAAUGAAGAAAAGGAACCUUAUCGACAUUUUAAAGGGAAUAACGCUGGGUGCGAAACAAUGGGUAAGCCUCUGCUCCUCAUCGCCCUUCUUGAGGUUUUCAAUUGGGAAAGAUAAUUAGCAUCUUUAUUCUCCUCAAAUUUCAAAACUAGGUUGGGGGUGCUUCAAUGGAAAUGUGGAUGAGGUGCUUAAAUGGAUAUGUGGAUGAAGCACUCCCGAUCAACUUGAUUUACUU